AUGGUGAUGACAUCCAAUAAAUUUGUUCAAUGGUUACGCUCAUUAUUUGUAUGGUAUCCCAAAAACUAUGAACUUUUUGAAAGAAAGUUGCUUUUCAAACUAGAUAUUUCAAUUUUGGCCUAUUGUUGUGUUGCAACAUUUGCAGCAAAUCUUGAUAGUGCAAACAUUAGUUCAGCAUUUGUAUCAGGAAUGAAAGAAGAUUUAAACCUUUAUGGGAAUGAGCUAAACUGGUUAAACAUUGCUUAUCAAAUGGCAGUCGUUACAGCCCAGAUACCUAUGGUAUUAUUAAGUUCAAGGGCUAGAUUUGCUCCUUAUGUUGUUCCUUCCAUGCAAUUUGCAUUUGGUUUAUUGACCAUCUUACAAAGUCAAGUAAAAAAUAUUCAUCAUCUUUAUUUAUUAAGAUUUCUCGUUGGAUUCUUUGAUGGGCCUAACUACGUUUGCGUUCACUAUGUUUUAGGAAAAUGGUAUGGAACUAAAGGGUUUAGAGGUAAUAAGGCAGAGUUAUGGAGUAGAACAAGUGUUUUCUUUGCUAGUACUUCUUUAGGUCGUAUUGUUAAUUCAUAUUUACAAGUUGCAGCUUAUAAAAAUUUAAGUGGGGUUUAUGGUUAUAAAGGAUGGCAAUGGUUAUUUAUUAUUGAUGGUAUAAUCACAAUUCCAGUUGCAAUUGCUGGGUUUAUAUUUUUUCCUGGUUUACCAGAGUCUCCUAAGCCUUGGUGGUUAUCAACUGAAGAAUAUACUUUAGCAAAUAAGAGAAGAAUCAGAUAUAAAGUGGAGAAAGCUGACAAUAUCACAUUUCAAAAGGUUAAAACGACAUUCACAGAUUGGAAGAUUUAUGUUUUUAGUUUAUCUUAUAUUUCAAUGUUGAUUGCAUGGUAUCCAACUCUUUAUUUCUCACUAUGGUUGAAAGCACAAAAUAAGUAUUCAGUGGCCCAAAUUAAUAUUUAUCCAACAGUACAAAAUAUUAUAAAUGCAGUUACUUCAUUUUUAGGCACUACAAGUGCUGCUGUUAUAUCACCUUGGAAACCUUACAUAUUACUAAAUGUUGCUGGAAAUGCCAUAUUUACAUUGAUUAUGACUAUUUAUAAUGUUCCAGUACCUGCUGUGUUUUUUGCUUUUUAUAUUGCAGGUCUUAUAGGUGCAGGAUCACCAGUUUUAUUCUCUACAAUAAACAGAGUAUUAAGACACGACCAGGAACAGAAGGCUAUUGUUAUGGCUUUCACUAUGAGCUCUGCAAUGUUUGUUUAUACAUGGGCACCUUUGGGAUUGUUUCCAACGGCUGAGAAAGAAGGUGAUCGGGAAGCUCCAAGAUGGAAGAUUGGUUAUCCUGCGGCUUUGGCUUUUUCGUUAUUAAUGGGUAUUUUAUUUAUUCUCUCUGAUUUCUUAGAAGCAAGGGAUAAAGCCAAGCUAGGAUCUACUGUUAAAGCUGAAGAUGAUGUUGUCACAGAUGAUGAAUACUCAGAGGAGGAAGAAUAUAGAGAAAAUUCAUCAUUAGAUUUACCAGUUGAGGUAAUUGAAAUCGUUGAAGAUCCAAAGGGUAAAACAUCUUAA